AAAACCAGAUUGAGUAAGAAGUUACAUCAAUCCACCUGCUGCAAAAUCCCAAAUCAAGUCUCAGUCUUUUGUUUCUAUUUCACCCCACUUCACAAGUAUAUCCGAUACACACGCGCCCACGCACGCGCCCCCACACACACACACACUGAAAGAGCGAGCGCACACAUUUUCUCCUUUUUUCUUCUUCUUCCAUGGCGGCCACCACCACACAAGCUGUUUUCCUCAUCACUCUCUCUCCACACAAUCCACCGCCUCACGAUUCCUUCUUCCACAUUGCGAUGAUUUCUUCCUUCUUCGUCUUCCUUUUUCUCACUCUAUUUCUCCUCAUUUUCACCCUGUACAAAAUCCUGAAGAAUUACAACCACUGUAAAAUGGAAAACCCAUCCGUAAAAAUCCAGUCUUUCCCUGUAAAUGACGACGACGAAAAGACAGCCCACGAAUCGGGCUGCGGACCCGACCCGGAUAAUUUGACCCGUUCGUUGCUUAUCGAGAUCUUGCCCUCGAGCUCGCCCGAAUGGAAUACCCUAUUUAGUAAGAGCGAAGAUUUUGAUGAAGACCCGGCCGAGAAAAGCGGGUCGGGUCAGGAAGAGAAGAAGAGGAAGAAGAAGCGGGCCAGGAAGAAAAAGCCCGACCCGAAUGAAGAGGAGAGUAAAAAGGAGAAGGAAGAGUUUGUGUGUUUGUAUCCAUUCACAAAGUCAUCCAGUGCUACGCAGAGGAAGAUCAAACAGCAGUAUGAUCAACUUGUCAAGUCUCAUGGAUCAAAUGGAUUGACUCUUGAUCAGGUUGGACAAUUUGUCAAUUGCCUUGUCGAGGCGAGAAACGAGCUGCAGAGCAAGUCUGAGGUUAUCAAGCGAAGAUUCACAAUUACAAAGGCCCUGUUAUUCAAGGCUGACAGGUCGUCGUUCGAUCGCCUUCGUCAACAGAUCUAUAAGCUAGAAUUGGAGCAGAAGAGAUUAGAAGAGGAUGCUUUUGUAUAUAACUGGCUUCAAGAACAGCUUAAAGUCUCUCCUGCAUACAAGAAGAUGCUCGAACUUGGUGCAUCGGUGGAGAUGAAAGCGAAAUCUAUGAAGAGUAAUGAUUCCGAAUAUUCUGAUAUAUCGUUCGAAGAGUUGCUUGCGCAGGAGAAGAAGGAUGUGUUUUGGCAGAGGAACGGGAGGCGUAAAUUGUGUUCGAGCUGAGGGAAGGACUUUUUGGGGGGAGCUUAAUUUUAGAAAUAACAGUAUAUGUAUACAUCCAAUACCCAAAAACCUUGCAGAAAAAUUUUGUGCUGCCUCUUUGAAUUUGAUUUCGAACGAAAUCACGAGCGUUAAUGUUUUAAUGAUCCUUUAUAGUUUU